GACAGCAUGGAUCGAUGCGUAGCAUCUGAUCUCCCACCUUCCUUCGAUCCUUCCUUUCAACUCAACGACUCGAUCAGGAGGAGGAGCCCCUGAGAAAUCAAAGUAAUACCAGAGAGAGUGAGCCCCUGAGAUCUGCUUUGGUUCAGUGGUUCUACCAUGGCGUUGUGUUAAGGCGGUGGAGAUAGUGAGGCUUCGAUGGACGUGGAGAGGUCGUCGUUGUGCAAUUGCGUUGUGAAUUUUUUGCUGGAGGAGAACUACUUGCUCACGGCGUUCGAGCUGCUCCAUGAGCUUCUCGACGAUGGCAGAGACAACCAGGCCAUUCGACUCAAGGACUUCUUCGCUGACUCUUCUCAAUUCCCACCCGAUCAGAUCUCUCGCUUCAACUCUAUUCGAGUUGCAGAUCCUCAAAGUUUGCUAGAAGAGAAAGAAGCAGUAGAAGAAAAAUUAGCAAUUAGUGAAUAUGAGCUUCGUUUAGCCCAAGAGGACAUUUUGAAACUGAAGACUGAAUUGCAGAAGAAAGCUGAAUCACCUGUAAAUGAAUCAAGAGGUUCAAAUUCCAGUGUUUCUGUAAAUAAUGGACCAGAAUUUCAGCGGCAAAAGAGAGAUGUUUCCUUCUCUCAUUUGGGUCCAUUGAAAGAUAAUGAACGCAGAGAUCUUAACUGUGCUGUAAAAGAAUAUUUGCUUAUAGCAGGGUACCGGCUUACUGCAAUGACGUUUUUUGAGGAGGUCACAGACCAGAAUCUAGAUGUUUGGCAGGACUCACCUGCAUGCGUGCCAGAUGCUUUGCGCCAUUAUUAUUAUCAGUAUCUUUCGUCCACUACAGAGGCUGCUGAGGAGAAAAUUACCAUGCUACGAGAAAAUGAUUCGUUAUCGAAAGAAAAAGAGACUUUGUAUCAUGAAAAGCUGUGCUUGCUUAAAAACAAAGAUUUGGCUGAAGGUCAAAUCAGUACACUAAACAAAUCAUUGGAAGGUCUGCAGAAGGACCUUAAAGAUAAAGAGAACCUUGUACAGAAUUUGAAGCAGUCCCUGGAGCACCAAAGGAAGGAGCUCAAUGAUUGUAGAGCUGAAAUCACUGCUUUGAAAAUGCAUAUUGAAGGAUAUCGUUCUGGACGGAAUACGGUAGCUUCUGAUGCUGAUCAUGUCCAAUCCCUGUCCUUGGAAAGAUACAAGGAAGAAGUAAAAUCACUGCAGAUGGAACUAGAAAGUUUAAAAUCCAAACACACAAAAGCUCCUGAUUUUUCAGAUUCCACCAAUUCUGAGAAAGAGUCUGUGCAAAUGGAAGAAAAAGUCGUCGUCAUGGAUGAAGAUAAAAGUCUAAUCCCGCAUCCAGUUGAUGUAGUAACAAGAGUUGUGGAAAAGGAAGAUGAUCAAUCUCUGCCUGCUCAAACUUUUGAUGACAAUAUAGUUACACCUAAGGAAAUUCCACAAGAGUUUUCGGUGGCUCCUUUGAAUGAUAGCAGUAACUUGGUCAAUGAUGAAAGUGUCUCCAAACAAAAUACUGAACCAUCAUCAGGCGGAAGGCUACAUCUAACGUCAGAGGAUCUUAGUGCUGGAAUUGUUUCUGAGAAAAGGGGCCUAGAGACCAUUCAGAUCCUUGCUGAUGCUUUGCCCAAGAUUGUUCCUUAUGUUUUGAUCAACCAUCGUGAGGAGCUUCUUCCCCUGAUCAUGUGUGCAAUUGAGCGCCAUCCAGAUAGUAGCACUCGAGAUUCCUUGACCCACACAUUGUUUAAUCUAAUCAAACGUCCAGAUGAGCAACAAAGAAGAAUUAUAAUGGAUGCAUGUGUUACCCUUGCUAAGAAUGUAGGAGAGAUGAGAACAGAAACAGAAUUGCUUCCCCAGUGUUGGGAACAAAUAAAUCAUAUGUAUGAGGAGCGCAGGCUGCUAGUUGCUCAAUCAUGUGGACAGCUUGCAGAAUUUGUCCGGCCUGAGAUUCGUGAUUCUCUUAUUUUGUCUAUUGUUCAGCAACUCCAUAAAUAUUUCAAGGUUGAGGAUUUGAUGUUCCAAUUGGUAUGUGAUCCCUCUGGAGUGGUGGUGGAAACUACACUUAAGCAGUUAGUUCCUGCAGUAAACAAGUGGGGAAACAAAUUAGACCAUAUUUUAAGAGUUCUACUCUCUCAUAUAUCAAGCUCUGCUCAGCGUUGUCCUCCCCUUUCGGGCGUUGAAGGGUCAGUGGAGUCACAUCUUCGUGUUUUAGGUGAACGAGAACGCUGGAAUGUUGAUGUUCUACUACGGAUGCUAAUGGAAAUGCUUCCUUUUGUGUACCAGAAAGCAAUUGAGAUGUGCCCAAUUGCUUCUGAUCCGGAAACAACUGGGACAAUAUUUUCUAUAUCUUUCCUUGAAUUGUAUGCAAGGGGACAUGCUCAAUUGCCUGCAUUUGAGUGGCUGCAUGUCGACUGUUUUCCUGCUUUGAUACAGCUUGCCUGCUUGUUACCCCCAAAAGAAGAUAGUUUGCGAAACCGAACCACCAAGUUCUUGUUGGCUGUAUCAGAACACUAUGGGGAUUCUUAUUUGACACACAUAAUGCUGCCUGUAUUCCUGGUAGCCACUGGGGAUGACGCUGAGUUGACAUUUUUCCCAUCUGCAAUCCAUUCCAGAAUUGAAGGUUUGAGACCAAGAACGGCUGUGGCUAAGAGACUGGCUACUAUGUGUGUCUUACCUCUUCUCUUAGCUGGUGUUUUGGGUGCCCCUAGUAAGCAUGAACAGUUAGUGGAGUACCUAAGAAAGCUUUUAGUUGAAGGUGUGACAAAUCAGUCUACAAAGUGCAAUGCUGAGAUUGUUGAUGCUGUUCGCUUCCUUUGCACUUUUGAAGAUCAUCAUGGUAUGAUAUUUAACUUACUAUGGGAAAUGGUUGUCAGCUCCAAUAUAGAUAUGAAGAUCAAUGCUGCCAAUCUGUUGAAAGUCAUUGUUCCAUAUAUCGAUGCAAAAGUUGCAUCUACUCAUAUUUUGCCUGCCCUAGUUACUUUGGGUUCUGACCAAAACCUGAGUGUGAAGUAUGCAAGCAUAGAUGCCUUUGGAGCUGUGGCCCAACAUUUUAAAAAUGAUAUGAUUGUUGAUAAAAUACGUGUUCAAAUGGAUGCGUUUCUUGAAGAUGGAUCACACGAAGCUACCAUUGCUGUGGUUCGUGCAUUGGUGGUUGCUGUACCACAUACAACGGAUAGACUUAAAGAUUAUCUUUUAUCCAAGAUUUUUCAACUUACAGCCAGUCCGCCUGCAAGUGACUUGAUGCGCCGUCGUGAGAGAGCCAAUGCAUUUUGUGAAGCAAUUCGUGCUCUAGAUGCGACAGAUGUUUCAGCAAAUAGUGUACGGGAUUUCCUCCUGCCUGCCAUACAGAACUUGUUGAGAGACUAUGAUGCGCUGGAUCCUGCACACAAGGAAGCCCUUGAAAUUAUAAUGAAGGAGAGAUCUGGUGGAACUUUUGAUACUAUCAGUAAGGUGAUGGGGGCUGGGCUUGCAUCAUCUGUGACUAGUUUCUUUGGUGAAGGUGGGUUACUGGGCAAGAAAGAAAAUGUUGAGCUACCGCCAGAGCCAGUUGAGUCUCCGAAGGCUGCACCAAUGCCACCCGUCGAAGACACUAGGUUAAGGCGCAUCAUGCGUGGACAUUUCACUGACAUGCUCAGAGGCAAAGCAAAGGGCGAUGAAACUUAGAACCAAUAAAGUUUAGUUGUUACUGAAAGGGGUGGCAGAGUUUAUUUUGCAUCUAGCCAUCUCAGGUGAAGAUCAUUUUGUUCUCAAUAUCAAGGUUGUGGUCUGCUGAAACCAAGGAAUUCUUUUAUUUUUUGGUGUCAUAGAAAAAAGGGUUUAAGAAGGGAAGAGCAAAUUUGUACUGCAUUUUUAUUGUUCUGGUUUUUUAGUGUAGAAAUUGGAUUGAUCAACCAAUUGAAUUUAGUGGAUAGUUCAGAACACAUCAUCUUGAUCCUGAGCUCUUUGCUGUUGCUGGCGGUUAUGUAAACCCAGGCUGCAUGUUUUAUACCUUUGAUAAGUUGUAUACCCUAAUUUCAUAAAAAUAAAGUCAUUGUUGUUGAGUUUCAAA